AAGUGCAGUGCUGAGUAGUGAACAAAUUAGACUUCGGUUUGUGCAGUUUUUUCAGAGCUAAGUGUUAGCAUUUAGCUGCCUGCAAAGAGCCAUGCCUGCGGUAACGAUAUUCGUGGCAUCUUUACCAGACUCAGCAACAAACGAGCGGCUUGAGGAAAUAUUCUCUGAAAUUGGUCCAGUGAAACAAUGCUUCGUUGUUAGAGAAAAAGGAGCAAUGAAAUGUCGGGGCUUCGGCUUCGUCACGUAUUCUAUGGAAGAAGACGCAAAGCGAGCCUUGAAGGAAAUAAAAGAAUACGACGGGAAAAAGUUGUCUCUCUCGGUUGCUAAAAAGAAAUUAAUCAAUAAAAAGAAAACAGAAAAAGAGGAAGCGUCAGAAGCAUCUCAACAUGAGCAGGAAACUACAGAAGUAAAGAAAAGAAUAUCUAAACAAGCCAGACUUGUCAUAAGGAAUCUCAGUUUUAAGUGCACAGAACAGGAUCUAAAAGAAACAUUUGAAAAGUUUGGCACUGUAGUGGAGGCCAGUAUACCCCUCAAACCAGAUGGAAAGAUGCGUGGAUUUGCAUUUGUCCAGUUUAAAAAUAUGUCUGGUGCCACAAAGGCACUCCAAGCUUUGAAUAUGAAAGAGAUAAAAGGUCGCCAAGUAGCAGUUGACUGGGCUGUGCCAAAAGAAAACUAUAUUGCAGCACAGCAGUCUUUAAAAGGAAAUAAAGUUGCAGAAGAGGCAGAUCCCAAAGCAGGAAGGGAAUCUGAGGAUGAAGAAAAGAAAGGAGAAACAGCUGUGAAGAAAAAAGGUGGAUUGAAGGCAACUGCACAGCAGGUGGAGGAUCUUCAGUCAAGUGAUGAAGAUGACGUUGAAGAAGAAGAAGAUGAUGAUGAUGAUGAUGAUGCUGAAGAGGAGGAGGAUGACAAAGAGGAGGAUGAAAUUAAGGAGGAUAAUAGUGAUGAUGAUGGCGAUGAUGAUGGCAUUGAUUCAGAUGAGGAUUACAGUGAGAGUGAUGAUGAAGAGGAAGAAGAAAUUUCACCAGCUCAAAAACAAAAGCCAAAGAAACGUUUGCCUUCAGAUGUAAAUGAGGGCCGAACAGUUUUUAUCAGGAACUUGUCAUUUGACACGGAAGAGGAGGGUCUGGAGGAAGUUCUUCUGCAGUUUGGAGAGGUCAACUAUGUAAAGAUUGUUCUCCACCCAGAGACACAGCAUUCCAAAGGUCUUGCAUUUGCCCAGUUUAAGACUAAAGAGGCUGCAGACAGCUGCAUAGCUGCAGCCCAAGAUGAGACGGAGAAUGGUGGAGUCCGUGCAGAUGGCAGAAAGCUGAUGAUUGUUACAGCAGUGAGCAGAGAAGAUGCGCUGAAGCUGAAAGUCGACAAGAAAAAAGUAGAGACGGGCAGCAGGAACCUGUACCUGGCCAGAGAAGGAUUGAUCCGCACUGGAACAAAGGCAGCAGAGGGAGUAUCUGAGGCAGAUAUGGCCAAAAGAGUCAGAUUUGAAGAAAUAAAGAGAGCCAAGCUUCGGGAUAUAAGUGUAUUUGUAUCGAAAAAUCGCUUGUGCAUCCAUAACCUGCCCAAAUCUGUAGACGAUAAAAAACUCAGAGCUCUGUGCCUUAAAGGUCUACAAGGAACCAAAGGAGUUCGGAUCCCAGAGUGUCGGGUCAUGUAUGACAGGAAGCCAGAGAAAGGUCGAGUGACGGGUCAGUCGUUGGGUUACGGUUUCGUUCAGUUUCGAGACCAUGAGCAGGCUCUCGCCACUCUGCGCUACCUUAACAACAACCCUGACAUCUUUGGCCCUCACAAGAGACCCAUUGUUGAGUUUUCUCUGGAGGAUUCCAGGAAGCUCAAACUCAAGGAAAUGCGGAGGCAGAGAAAUAAAGACUUCAUCCAAAGUCAACCUGUAAAAAGAGAAGUAAAAAAUCCCCAAACAGGUACAGACACCAAAAAAACAAAGAAGGAUGGACAUAAAGGACAAUCUUCAUCACAUCUGACAGGAAAGGAGGAAGACACUGGUGAAGGACAGAAACAGAACUUUUCAGGUUUUCAGACCAAACCUGAGAUUGAACAUGUUGAUUUGCAAAAUGGAAAGAAACGAAAGAAGGUUUUGCCUUUUCCUUCCCAUCGUGGACCUAAGAUCAGAAUGCGUGACAAAGACAAGCAACAGGCUCCACCUCCCAAGAAAGCAAAGCCUGGAUCAAAAAGGAACAAGCGCCCAACACAACAAUUUGAAAAGCCUAAUCAGGCCAAAAAACAGAUUAACAGUGCUAAGAAACAGUUCCAGAGGAAGGAUGGGGACCGUUUUGAUUCCUUGGUGGAGCAGUACAAGAGGAAACUCAUGGGCAGCGGCGACAAGAAUGCCUUCAUUAAAAGAAGCAAAUGGUUUGAUAGUUAAAUCCAUGGCCAUGUAAGAAAGGAAGAGAUGACUAAGAAAUCCAUGGCUUACAAAAUACUAACUAGUGGUAUUUCUGAGUAGAUACUUUUUUAUGAACUGUGCUAAACUGUACAGUUUAUUUGCUCUGUUUAUGACAUGGUUGUUGUCGAAGCAAAUUUGAAAUUUUGUCUUCUUUGUUCUUGUUUUCUGCAUAUCUCUUUUAAAAAAAAAUAAUGUUUAAAAUGUAGUUUUUUUUCUGUACCUCUUUGCUUUUUGUGAUUUUUAUUUUUAUUAUUUUUCCUCAUUUUGACAAUGUCUGGUUAUUUUUGCAUGCUUUAAUUCAUUUAAAUACACGCAACUCAGGUACACGUAAAAUAUUUUUGUCACUUCGUGACUUUCCAGCUCAUUUGUACAUAUAGCACAACAAUGACAGUCAGGAAAAAGUUUAAUAUUUAUUUAGUUUUAUUCAAAACAUUAAAACUUCACUCAUUGUACAAAAAUAUUCAAGAUAUUCCCUGUUGCUAUUUACUCAUUUUGCAGCAGCUGUUGAUAUUGCACAAAAUUAAAAGUUCCCAUUUACUAUGUGCCAUUGGUUCUCAAACAAACCCGUUGGCUUCAGGGGUUUCCCGGAGUGACAGUACAUCUCAUGCCUGGUUGCAGUUAUCAAAACUGCGGAUUCAGCAUCAGGGCUAGACCAAUCACUCUCACUGAGAGCUUGUUAUUGACGCAACACUCUCCAUAUUACAUAUAUCAAGAUAUGCAUGAAGUAAAAAUUAAAUAGGUUAAAAAUACAAAUAAAAUAAAAUAUAUAUGUAUUUGUUAUAAAAUAAGUGCAUUUUUAAAUGAAAUUACUGAAAAUGUAUUGCACAGUCUUGACCUCAAUAACAGUGCUAGCGCAGAUUUCAAUCUUUGGCUUCAAUCAGUUUUUCAGCAAGAUGCAAUUCCAUGAAUUUGGUUCUGGAGCAGUUUGAGGAUCUCCCUCACUCCAUUGAGAGCUUCCAGGCUGACGGCUUCAACAUGGCAUUCUGGGUCCUGUUCCCAUUCGUUCUGCAGUUGCUGCAGGUGCACUGGAAGUGUGAGCUUUGGGUUGGUUUCUGUGCAGUCCAUCAGUUUGCGGUUGAUGGCGUUGGUCAGUCUGGAGAUGUCAGUUUUCACCUGGGCAACAUUCAGUAGAUUUUCAGAGAUCAGAUUGUUGUAACCAUUCAUAGCUGCCACUAUGGAGGAAAAUCCUUCCAGUUCUUGAGGAGGAUUGACUCCUAAGCUGGGAAGAGCCUGUAAAAUGACAACAUAUUUGUAGUCACAAACCAGCUAAUUUAUUCAAACUUCAAGCUGCACUUAUUUUCAUUUCAUAAAUGGAGCGCUGAAACAUACCUGGAAAGCGUUCAGCCUAACCAUAAGCGUUUUUAUUAUCGGCUCAAUGGCGCUCUUGGCAUCUGGAACAGGGUUUCCUGUACCCACACUUAGAACAUGGAACAAGAAAAACAGGGCCACUAGUGUCGAGUCCAUGGUGAUUGUGCUUUUCUGGAUAGAGAAGAAUGUGUUCCUAGAAUAUGAAUUAGAAAAAAAAUAGUCAUAACCAGUGAGAAACAUUACUCUGAAUAUAGCUUUUUUAUAUUUGUUAAUGCUUUUAGAAUAAUCAGAUGCAUGUGGUUCAGUUGAGUCACCUUGUAAUUUCAGUUUCAAUUCAUUUUGUACCAGCAAAUAUUUGUAAUAUAAAGAACUCUGUGGUUCUCUGUGUGCCAUGAUCAAAGUUCACUGACUUUAGCUAACAAAGUUUUUUUUUUCCCCUCUACUUUUAAUUAUGUAGUCUGAAUGUACUACAAAGUAUGAUUAGAUCAAGCAGGAAAAAGAUUGAAAAAACAAUAUUGUGACAACAUGCUUCUUAUAACCUGUCAAUUAAAUAAGCUUCUCAAAAUCACAUAAAGUUAACUGAUAAACAAUAAAUACAACUAUAUAAUGAACAAGUUUGAUAGUAAACACACAGUGGGAAACACCUCAACAUAGUAAAUAAGACAUUCAAACAGAAGCAGAAAGAGUGGAUCUUACCUCGCUUGGCGUUUGAAUGGGUGACACUGUUUGCCUUCAUCAGGGUAUCUUAUAUUAGAGGGCUGUUGAGUCAUCUCUUACUCACCUCUUUUCGACCCCCACCCCCCGUCCCACUUACUCACUUCUAGCCAUCACCUUGUCCUGCAUGCUCUAUGGGGCUGCUGCAGACAGUUCAUUUAAAAAAAAAUAAAAGUUGUGUUCCAAAUGCCA